AUGGGCGGUACGCUCUGCUGCUGCUGCUGCUAUUUUGACGACUGCGUGGAGGCUCGCACAUCCACACCACAUCGGCGGCAGCACAGUCGGGCGCCACCAUCAAAUGCGUUUCUUGGGCGCUACGGGAUCUGGCGGCCGGAGGGUCCGGCUGUUUGCGAUGUGUGCGGUAGGACGUUGGACCCCGCGCUGCUCGACGGGCACCGCGAGGCCUGCCGCGCCAAUGUCCGACGCAAGAUGCAGCAGGCGCCGCCGCUGCCCAAUCUGGCGGUGGCUGCUGCUACCACCACUACCGCCACUACCGCCACUGCCGCCACUACCGCCGCCGCCGCCGCCGUCGAGGGAGGGAAUGAAGACAUGUGUGAUGGCGAAGAAUUAUGUGUGGUAUGCAUGGAGGCAAGGCGGUUGUACGCGUUUCUCCCCUGCGGCCACGUGUCGUGCUGCGGCGAGUGCGCCAAGGCCCUGGACACGUGCCCCAUAUGUCGUGAGCCGCGAAGAGCGCUGUGCCGUGUCACCAGUGACGCACUCCUUCAGUUUAAGUGCCCCCACUGCAACAACAUCAUUGCCCCGGAGCUCUGCGACGGGCACCGCGAGGUAUGUGCCCUGCGUGCUCGCGUCGAGCUGAUGGGACGAGAGGCGGAGGGCGGCGCCGCAGACCCUCCACCGCCCUCCACCGCCCUCGUCGUUAGGGACCCCCGCGGGAGAGACCACAGGGCCGUUUUUCGGUACUGUAUAGCGUGCCAGAAUGCCGAGCGGCCUCUCAUGAUCACGGUACCAUGCGGCCACCGCGUGCUCUGUGAAGUGUGCGUCGCGGGGCGCACAACCUGCCCUGUGUGCCUCGGAGCAAUAAGCGACGUCCUGAGGUCGUUCGUAUAG